AAAAAGAAAAAUUAUAUAUAAAAAAAAAUUCUUUGUUUCUUCUUUUUUGUUUUUUCUCUCUGUCGUUUCGUUCCCUUCAUCUUUGAUCUCCGUGUUGAAGUUGCAGCAUCAAUAUUCGUGAGAAAAAGAAGAAGAUAUAGUAUAUAAAGAUGGGUUUUCUCCACAAGCUUUGGGACGAAACGUUGGCGGGUCCCACACCCGAAACGGGUCUGGGCAAGCUCCGAAAGUUUAACACCUCAUCGGCCGGCGGCCCAACGGUGGCGGAGGAUGUUCCGAUCAGCCGCAGCAUCACCAUCAUUCGGACUCACUCUGCUUUGGGAAGCACCUCAACCUCUUCUCCUGCCUCUCCUUCUUCUGUGCCUGACACCCCUUGCACCCCCUUCUCUCCGGAGACGCCGGGCGGUGGUGUCAAGAGAUUCACGAGGAGAAAAUCGUCAACGGUGGAGGGUGCUGCAAAUAGAAGUCCGACAAUUUACGAUUGGUUCUCUGGUUUCUGUUUUGCCCUUAAUAUCUACGACCUUUUACAGAUAUGCCCCUUUGCAUUUACGUGCAUGUUUUGUUGUGUAAAAGUUUUCUUAUUAUUUUUGUUUCUGUGCUUUGUUUAGGGUGAUUAUGAGCGCUUUGGAUCGCUACUGAGAGUGGAAAUGAGAUGUUUUGCUUUUGAAUUGACUUGAAUAUCAUCCCGCAGAGGCAGAGAGGGAUUACGUUUUCUGUACAUACAGCAACACUUAUUUCAAUUUCCAAAGGGAAUCAUGUUAUAUUAUGCAUUGCACCCUAUUAUUAUGUACACAUUAUAUGGUAUAAAGUAUAUGAAUACAUGAGUACUACCUAUUAAUAAAAUGGCUCAGGUGAUUUGCAGGGUCUAUCUUCAAGAUUGAGUCAAUGCUUCAUGGGAUUCCAAGGUUGUGAAAGAGUAGAAAACCAGCUUUUGUAUAUAUGCUUUUUUGUUUUUCUUCUUCUUUUGAGUGUAAAUAUGACUUCUGUACUCUCAUAUCUCUGUUGUGAAUUCAAUGAAGCUUGAAAAUAGUUAUUGUAUAUAAA